AUGCGGUGCAGUGUGUAUUCGCGGGUUCCAGUGAUGGAGGAUGACACGAUCCACUGCUACGUACGCGAUGUGGCAAAACUCAUUCGAACCAUUUGUGCGAUCGCAUCCUCAACGAUGACGACAACAGGUACAAAUGGCAGCACAAAAGAAGUAGCAACCUUGUCGUGGGUGAAACAGCGGCCAUGGGUUUUUCUUGCUUUGGACUGGGUAGACCUCAUGAAUCGCACGACGGAAUACGACGAGUUGGGAUUUGAUGUCUUGGCACAACUAUGCAUGGUGGUGUGGCCACAGCAGGGUACCCACAUUUUUCGCGAAACCUGCUGGGUGUACCCGCGUCACAUGAAGCUUCCGCGAGAGUGGUUUGUUAACGAUGUUGUCUGUCCAACUUGUUUGCUCCCCAAAACCCGUGAUACUUUGGAGGCGGCACACACAUGCCGCUGUACAGCACGUGUUACGGAUGCUGGUAAUACGCAUGCACCAGUUUUGACCACUACCACCUGA